AUGGCCGCAGGCGUGGCCACGUGGCUGCCCUUCGCGCGGGCGGCUGCGGUGGGCUGGCUGCCCCUGGCCCAGCAGCCCCUGCCCCCGGCGCCGGGGGUGAAGGCCUCCCGGGGGGACGAGGUUCUGGUGGUGAACGUGAGCGGACGGCGCUUCGAGACGUGGAAGAACACGCUGGACCGCUACCCGGACACCCUGCUGGGCAGCUCGGAGAAGGAGUUUUUCUACGAUGCCGACUCGGGCGAGUACUUCUUCGAUCGCGACCCCGACAUGUUCCGUCACGUGCUCAACUUCUACCGCACCGGCCGCCUGCACUGCCCGCGCCAGGAGUGCAUCCAGGCCUUCGACGAGGAGCUGGCCUUCUACGGCCUGGUGCCCGAGCUGGUGGGCGACUGCUGCCUGGAGGAGUACCGCGAUCGCAAGAAGGAGAACGCCGAGCGCCUGGCGGAGGACGAGGAGGCCGAGCAGGCCGCCGAGGGGCCGGCCCUGCGGGCGGGCAGCUCCCUGCGCCAGCGCCUCUGGCGCGCCUUCGAGAACCCGCACACCAGCACGGCGGCCCUGGUGUUCUACUACGUGACGGGCUUCUUCAUCGCCGUGUCGGUGAUCGCCAACGUGGUGGAGACCAUCCCGUGCCGCAGCCUGGCGCGACGGCCCCCCGGGGAGCAGCCGUGCGGGGACCGCUUCCCCACGGCCUUCUUCUGCAUGGACACGGCCUGCGUGCUCAUCUUCACCGGCGAGUACCUGCUGCGGCUCUUCGCCGCCCCCAGCCGCUGCCGCUUCCUGCGCAGCGUCAUGAGCCUCAUCGACGUGGUGGCCAUCUUGCCCUACUACAUCGGCCUCUUCGUGCCCAAGAACGAGGACGUGUCCGGCGCUUUCGUCACCCUCCGCGUGUUCCGCGUCUUCCGCAUCUUCAAGUUCUCCCGCCACUCGCAGGGCCUGCGGAUUCUGGGCUACACGCUCAAGAGCUGCGCCUCCGAGCUGGGCUUCCUCCUCUUCUCCCUCACCAUGGCCAUCAUCAUCUUCGCCACCGUCAUGUUCUACGCCGAGAAGGGCACAAAGAAGACCAACUUCACUAGCAUCCCCGCGGCCUUCUGGUAUACCAUUGUCACCAUGACCACGCUGGGAUACGGAGACAUGGUGCCCAGCACCAUUGCUGGCAAGAUUUUCGGAUCCAUCUGCUCACUCAGUGGUGUCCUGGUCAUCGCUCUGCCUGUGCCAGUCAUUGUUUCUAACUUCAGCCGCAUCUACCACCAGAACCAGCGUGCUGACAAGCGCCGAGCACAGCAGAAGGUGCGCUUAGCAAGGAUCCGGUUGGCAAAGAGUGGGACCACCAACGCCUUCCUGCAGUACAAGCAGAACAGGGGCCUUGAGGACAGCGGCAGUGGGGAGGACCAGGCCCUGUGUGUCAGGAACCGGUCUGCUUUUGAGAAACAACACCACCACUUGCUGCACUGUCUCGAGAAGACAACGUGCCACGAGUUCACAGAUGAGCUGACCUUCAAUGAGGCCCUGGGUGCUGUCUCGUUGGGUGGCCGCACCAGCCGCAGCACCUCUGUGUCCUCCCAGCCGAUGGGGCCUGGCAGCCUGCUAUCCUCUUGCUGCCCCCGCAGGGCCAAGCGCCGUGCCUUCCGCCUUGCCAACUCCACUGCCUCGGUCAGCCGUGGCAGCAUGCAGGAGCUGGACACGCUGGCGGGGCUGCGGAGGAGCCCCGUCCCUCAGAGCCGCUCAAGCCUCAAUGCCAAGCUCCAUGACAACCUUGACCUGAACUGCGACAGCCGGGACUUUGUGGCUGCCAUCAUCAGUAUCCCUACCCCUCCUGCCAACACCCCAGAUGAGAGCCGACCUUCCUCCCCUGGUGGCGGGGGCGGGGCCAGCAGCACCCUCAGGAACUCUAGCCUGGGUACCCCUUGCCUCCUCCCUGAGACUGUGAAGAUCUCUUCCCUGUGA